GCAGGGAAGGUGGCACCGACCCCGCUGCCGCAAGCCCAUCUCUCCCAGACUGCGGCGCAAAAGAGGCCGGGAAAUGUUUUUUGCAGCUCUUCCGUCAGAAGCCUCAGAAAACACCGAGAACUAACACUCGCAGGGUGAGCUGUUUCCAGCCGCGCUGGGCAUGCUUGCAGCCCGUCGAACAGCCUCUCCUCUGCGAGGGCGGAGGAGCGGCUGCCUCCGGAGCGCUCUCCUCUCCGUGACGGAGCAUCACCCGCCGCGGCUUCGGCUCCCCACAGGCACAGGCACUGCAGCACAGCACAGACACGCGGCAGAUGGCAUUUGGCAUCCGCUCAGAGAAUCGACCGUCGGAUGCUUUGCUCCCUCCUGGUUUUCGGCUGCGCCUUCCCAUGGGAGAUGCCUUUGCCAGGAUACUUCACAUUCCCUUAAAUGACAAAUUCCUUCGCUCCGGGGGUGGCACGGAUGGUGUUGGGCGAGAGCAUGGGCUUUACGCUUUCUUCGUGCUUCUGGAGCUGACAGGAGGAAAAAAAAGCUGCUGCUUUUUCUUUCCAUCCUUGUAAUGAUAACAGGAGGGAUGCGGAAAUUAAGCUGCUGAGUUUGGGCUGAGACGGUCUGAGCCUCGGCUGCGGCGGGUGUCUGAAAGGACACUUCCAGCACAGGGCACAGCUGGGAGCCUCUCACACCGCUUGCAGGGUGCGGGCAGCUCACCAGAAGGGUCCGCACUAAUUAAUGAUUACAGUCCUAUUUCAGCGUAAAAAUGAAUGACAUCUCUCACCACCCUGAUGAAGGAGGUUUUUCUCUCCUCCCCAGCCCCCCCCGGGGGAUAAAUGCCACUUGGUCUUGUGUGUAAGAGGAGCUGGUCGGCCCCAGGGUCAGAGCAGCAGCUCUCAGCCCUAAAGCCAAGAGGGGUUGUUGCUACGGGAGUCGAGAGGGCACUUGCAGACAGCAUCUGGAGCCUGUGUCUUUCCCUGUCCGAGGCAGCUGGAUUUGGAGGGAAGCAAAACUAAAAGGAGGUGGCAGAGAGAGACAGAAGCACAGCAAAAUGCAUGCAUGUUAGAGGAGGGACCUUCCCAGAAUGAGAGUACAGUGGGAUACAGAAGAGCGGGGACACCAAACUGUCAGGCAGCGGUGGCUCGGCUUGGUAGGAUAAACCUUAUUUUCUGCUCUGUUUGACACUGGAAAAAAGUCCAGUGAAAGCCCAACUGUAGCAAGAUGGGAUCUGCCUCCUCAACUUACCGGCCCAAGUGUAUUUAUUUGGAUAUUGAUGGAAGAAUUCAAAAGGUGAUCUUUAGUAAAUACUGCAACUCCAAAGAUAUUAUGGACCUCUUCUGCAUUGCAACAGGAUUACCAAGGAACACAACAAUCUCCCUUUUGACGGCAGACAAUUGUAUGGUAUCCAUUGAUCCGACAAUGCCUGCAAACUCAGAGAGGUCUCCAUACAAAGUGAUACCUGUUGCCACUGGGCAGCUCUCAGAGAAAGAAGAAUUGUUCCAGAAUUUAUUGGGACAGAUUGCCGAGCAGUUCUCGAGGGUUUUUAAAAUCAAUGAGCUGAAAACGGAAGUAGCUAAUCACUUGGCAAUGCUGGAGAAAAAGGUUGAAUUGGAAGGCCUGAAAGUAGUGGAGAUUGAGAAAUGCAAGAGCGACAUUAAAAAGAUGAGGGAGGAAAUGGCAGCAAGAAGCAGCAGGACUAACUGUCCCUGCAAGUACAACUUUUUGGACGAAAACAAGAGGCUGACUCCCCGGCGGGAUGUACCAUCCUACCCAAAGUACAUGCUGUCCCAGGAGACCAUAGAAGCGCUUCGGAAACCAACCUUUGACGUCUGGCUGUGGGAGCCCAACGAGAUGCUGAGUUGUUUGGAACAUAUGUACCAUGAUCUUGGGUUGGUAAAAGACUUCAACAUCAAUCCUAUCACGUUAAAGAGGUGGUUGCUGUGUAUUCAUGACAAUUACAGAAACAACCCCUUUCAUAAUUUCCGGCACUGCUUCUGUGUGACCCAGAUGAUGUACAGCAUGAUCUCACUCUGCAGCCUCCAGGAGAAAUUUUCCCAAAUUGACAUCUUGAUUCUCAUGACUGCAGCAGUAUGCCAUGAUUUGGACCAUCCGGGCUAUAAUAACACCUAUCAGAUAAACGCACGAACUGAGCUUGCGGUACGCUACAAUGACAUCUCCCCACUGGAGAACCACCACUGUGCUGUGGCUUUCCAGAUCAUUUCCCAGCCAGAAUACAACAUUUUCUCCAAUGUCGACCAGGACCAAUUCAAACAGAUAAGACAGGGGAUAAUUACGUUAAUCCUGGCUACAGACAUGGCGAGACAUGCAGAAAUACUGGACUCUUUCAAAGAAAAAAUGGAAAAUUUUGAUUACUCAAAUGAAGAACACAUGACCUGUCUGAAGAUGAUACUGAUAAAAUGCUGUGACAUCUCCAACGAAGUCCGCCCGAUGGAAGUAGCAGAGCCCUGGGUAGAUUGCUUACUAGAGGAAUAUUUUAUGCAGAGCGACCGAGAAAAAUCUGAGGGGCUUCCAGUGGCACCGUUCAUGGACCGUGAUAAAGUGACCAAGCCGACAGCACAGAUUGGCUUCCUGAAGUUCGUUCUCAUCCCCAUGUUUGAAACAGUAACAAAGCUAUUCCCAGAAGUGGAGGAGGUGAUGCUCCAGCCCCUUUGGGAAUCCAGGGACCACUAUGAGGAAUUAAAACAGAUAGAUGAUGCUAUGAAAGAGUUGCAGAAAAAGAAAAGUGAAAGUUUGACUACCAGCAGUACCGAAAAGUGAGACGAAAAAGUCUUUGAGCAAAACAUAAACCCUAAGGUUAUUCUGGUUUUGAGAAAUGCUGUAUUUGCCAAACAGAUGUGGUGGCCAUAUCAAAAUCCAACUGAGUGGACCAUGUACACGGAGAGGUGGCAGGCAUGGAUGCCCUGCCUGCCUGUCUGGGUGCCUUGUCUACAGCCUGCAGCCCGCUUGCACAGGCGCUGCCGCCGUUGGGCACCAAGAGCUCCCCUCACUCCGGCAUGCCCACCGCAGCCGCCCCAGCAGGACUUCCUCUGCGGACAUCGCACAGGUUGCAGCAUGGCUCAAAUCUUCAGCAGAUUUGCCUUUUCGGUGACCACACUGACUGCAGUCUGUAGAGACAAAGCAGAGUUUAGCUAAGGAGCCUUUUCUGGAAAAUGAUCCACUGGCAUCCAAAAACAAAAGAAAAAGUUUAGUCAAGAUACUAUAUAUAUAUAUGUACAGCAGUAUGCUAAUGACAGCAUAGCUUAACGGAUACUUACAUUCUGACAGGGGUUCUGGCAUAUAUUUUUGUUUGCCUAGUAGGCCCUAAUGACACAUUUCUCUGUAUUAUUCUCUGAAUUUUGUAGUGUUCAUAGUACAUUCUGAAGCCCAGCAUAGUGGAUGCAGGGUUUUUCUUUUUCUAUACUAGAAGAAAUCAGAAGAAACCUUAGUGAGUUUGCAGGUUUGCUUUGUGGCGUGGUACAGCUAGGCAUCACGGAAAGCUUCAGCACGAGCAAAGAAGGGAGCACAAAGCUGAAACCACUGUGCAAGCCUAUUUUUAUCCUCAUGGAUGCAAAAAGCAACAACAAGAAAAACCUUCAAAGAUGUACAGAUUUUUUUUUUACUUUUAAACUGAUCUGCUAAAUAAUAUAUUCUUCUACAGAAA